AUGGCUACCAGCAGCAGCAACAGCAAUCCAUUCAGCUUCGCCUUGAGGGGGCUCCGAGACCGCGACGGUGGCAAUUGUGGCAGCUACUACAGCAUCCCUGACCUAGGCGAUCAGCGAAUAGAUAAACUGCCAUACACCAUUCGUGUUCUUCUUGAAUCUGCGGUGCGUAAUUGUGACGAGUUCCAAAUAACCAAGGAGGAUGUAGAAAAGAUCAUGGGCUGGGAGAAGACCUCCCUGGAGCAAGUUGAAAUCCCAUUCAAACCCUCACGUGUGAUACUUCAGGAUUUUACUGGUGUGCCUGUCCUUGUUGACCUUGCAAGCAUGCGCGACGCAAUGUCGGAAUUAGGUGGCAAUCCUGAUAAGAUUAACCCGAUGGUUCCAGCAGAUCUUGUAAUUGAUCACUCAGUAACUGCUAAUGUGGUGAGGUCACAAAAUGCGAUACAGGCCAAUAUGGAACUGGAAUUCGAGAGAAACAAGGAACGGUUCGCCUUCCUUAAAUGGGGGUCUUCUGCAUUUCACAAUAUGCUUAUCAUACCUCCUGGUUCUGGUAUUGUUCAUCAGCCCAUGAGCAUGGUAUUACCUGCUGUCGUUGGAUUCAAGCUACAUGGAACACUAAGGGAUGGGGUCACAGCAACUGACCUAGUUCUCACGGUUACCCAAAUGCUUCGGAAACAUGGUGUUGUUGGAAAGUUUGUGGAGUUCUAUGGCCGAGGUAUGGAAGAGCUUGCAUUGGCUGAUAGAGCAACAAUUGCAAAUAUGGCACCAGAGUAUGGAGCAACUGUUGGUUUCUUUCCAGUUGACCAUAUCACCUUAGAAUAUCUUAAAAUGACUGGAAGAGAAGAUGAAACUGUAUCAACAAUAGAGGCAUAUCUACGUGCAAACAAAAUGUUUGUGGAUUACAAUGAACCUAAAAUAGAACCGACAUAUUCAUCAUACAUAGAAUUGGAUCUGGGAGAUGUUGAGCCAUGUAUUUCUGGUCCGAAGAGACCUCAUGAUCGAGUCACCUUAAAAGACAUGAAGACAGACUGGCAUGCAUGUCUGGAAAAUAAAAUUGGUUUCAAGGGUUAUGGUAUCCCAAAAGAUUUGCAAAAUAGAGUUGUGAAGUUUGAUUUUCAUGGGCGAACUGCAGAGCUUAAACAUGGGACUGUUGUCAUAGCUGCUAUCACAAGCUGCACAAACACCUCAAACCCCACCGUUAUGAUUGCUUCUGGGUUGGUUGCAAAGAAAGCUUACGAGUUGGGCCUCGAGGUCAAACCAUGGAUUAAAACAAGUCUUGCCCCUGGGUCAGGAGUUGUUACCAAAUAUCUGCUUAGGAGUGGUUUGCUGAAGUACUUGAGCGACCUGGGUUUCAAUCUAGUUGGGUAUGGCUGUACUACCUGUAUCGGAAAUUCAGGUGAUCUUGAUCAAAUCGUUGCAGAUGAAAUUACAGAAAAUGACAUCAUCGUGGCUGCUGUUCUUUCUGGAAACCGUAACUUUGAAGGGCGGAUACAUCCAUUAACUCAAGCUAAUUAUCUUGCUUCUCCUCCUCUAGUCGUUGUAUAUGCUCUUGCUGGCACGGUUGAUAUCAAUUUUGAAGAGGAGCCAAUUGGAACUGGAAAGGGCAACAGACCAAUUUUCCUAAGGGACAUCUGGCCAUCUAGCGAGGAAGUAUCAGAAAUUGUGCAUUCCAAUGUCUUGGUUGAUAUGUUCAAAAGUACUUAUGAGGUAAUCACGAAAGGCAAUCCCAUGUGGAACCAACUGGUGGUUCCAACUGCAGAUGUUUACUCUUGGGAUCCUAAUUCAACCUACAUUCGUGAGCCUCCUUUCUUCAAAGGCAUGAGUAUGGAUCCACCUGGGCCUCAUAGUAUAAAGGAUGCCUACUGCUUGUUGAGCUUUGGUGACUGUGUAACGACAGAUCAUAUUUCACCAGCUGGGAGCAUUCACAAGGAUAGCCCAGCUGCCAAGUAUCUCGUUGGCCAUUCUGUGAAGCACAGGGAUUUUAAUUCGUAUGGCAGCCGUCGCGGAAACUAUGAAGUAAUGAUGAGGGGAACCUUCGGCAAUAUUAGGAUUGUCAACAAGCUUUUGGACGGUGAACCUGGACCAAAAACAAUUCACAUUCCAACAAGAGAGAAGCUUUAUGUCUAUGAUGCUGCCAUGGUUCUGAAUAUGGGACUGGAAGUUCGAGGGACUGGGAUGCAAAAGGCACUAUGUUGCUGGGAGUUAAGGCUGUAA